AGUUAUUCCCUUCUGUACUUGGUGUUCGGUAAGGCGCCAGCAGGCUGUGCAAUCGGUUUCUCCUAGAAGAUGAUUGAUGAUCGAAAGCGUUUUCUGUAUUUCCCGGGUGGUGUUGAUACAAGACAUGGUAUGAAGUAAAUUUGGCUGCACUGAAUUUAAAGCGCUUCACGCGAACGAUCCUGUACCGAGACAUAGUGACACAGCGUUAGCAGAAGGAACGAUGAAGGCCGACCUGGAAGCCCCCCCCGUCUCCCGGGAAGUGGAGGCCUCGGCGAUCCAGUGUCGGGAGGUUUGUCGGUCGUACGGGAAACUGAAAGUCCUGAGCAAUCUCAACUUGACCGUGCCCCAGGGACAUAUCUACGGCCUGCUGGGUCCGAGUGGCUGUGGGAAGACCACACUGUUGAAAUGCAUUGUGGGAACGCUGAAGAUCUGCCGGGGUCACAUCAGCGUGCUGGGGAAGCCGCCCGCGUUUCCUGGACACGAGGUCCCUGGGAAGAUGGUGGGAUACAUGCCACAGGACUUGGCCUUGUACAACGAGUUCACCAUCAGUGACACCCUGACAUUCUUCGGCCGGAUCCACGGCCUCUCAUCCAAGGAAACCCGAGCACGCAUGGACUUCCUGGUCGACUUCCUUGAUCUACCUCAGAAGACCAAACUGGUCCGCAAUCUCAGUGGAGGACAGAAACGAAGAGUAUCACUGGGAGCAGCUUUACUUCAAAACCCCCAGUUACUGAUUCUAGAUGAACCAACAGUUGGCGUGGAUCCUGUGCUGAGAGCCAAGAUCUGGCAGCAUCUAGUAGAGAUUGUGAAAACUGGAAAGGUGUCCGUCAUCAUCACCACUCACUACAUAGAAGAGGCCAGGCAGGCCAAUGUGGUGGGUCUGAUGAGGAACGGAAGACUAUUGGCUGAAGGGGAACCGGAGACCUUGAUGAAACAUCAUAGUGCAGCAACCCUGGAGAAAGCCUUCCUGCAGCUGUGUGAGACCUUCGACCAGGUCGGCUCCAAACACAGCGCCUUCCCGCAGGGCCAGCAGGGCGUGGUCCUGGAGAACAGCCAGUCGUUCGAGAGCAGCCGGGACGAGAGUCACCCAAUCUUGGGAGUAGGACCAGGACCCAUAGACAUGCUGCCUAAAUACUCAGCGGAUUGGAAGGUACGAGCCAGGCAUGUGAUGCCCAAGUGGAGGAACAUUGCAGCUCUUAUGAUCAAGACCAUGAAGCGGAUGAAGAGGAUGCCCGGGUCCCUGUGUUUCCAGUUCCUGCUGCCGGUCAUCCAGAUCUCCCUGAUGUGUCUCUGUAUCGGAGGAGAUCCCAAAGGAAUACAGGUGGCUGUGGUCAACAACGAGACCUCCUCCGACUCCUUCAGCAAAUCUCUGCUCUCUUUCCUGGACAACUCCAGCAUACAACAGGUUAACCUGACCCACACUGAGGCUUUUGCAGGGGCCUAUAAUGGGGAGUACUGGGGGGUCAUCGGGUUUGGAAAGAAUUUCACCAGCUUCCUGACAAAGAGGAUGGUCAAGCGGCUGGUCACCAAGGAAGAAGUGGAUGGAGGAUCAGUGCACGUGUGGCUGGACCUGACCAACCGACAAGUCGCCCUAAUGCUUCAGAAGAAACUAGCAGACGCCUUUGAGGAAUUCAUCCAGUUCAAGUUGGGGAGUCAGUCUUACAUGGUCUCCUUUCCAAUCAAGUUUGAGGAACCCAUCUACGGCAGCCUGAACUCAGACUUCACUACGUUUGUGACACCGGGAGCCGUUCUGAGCAUCACCUUCUACCUGGCUGUGGGCUUGACGGCUCUGUCCUUCGUGAUUGAGAGAAAAGAGGGGCUGAUGGACAGGUGUUGGGUCGCAGGUGUGAGUUCAUUGGAAACUAUUCUGGCACAUCUAAUCUCACAGCUGUUUGUCAUCAGCGUCCAGGUCGUUCUACUACUGAUCUUAAUGCUGCUCGUCUUCAAGAACCCUAACGAGGGGAGCCUGGUCCUUGUCGUGGCCCUGAUCGUUCUGCAGGGCAUAACUGGCAUUUCCUUUGGGCUGGUAAUCUCCUCCGCCAUCGAUGAUGAACAGAACGCCAACCAGGCUGCCUUGGGCAUCUUCUACCCCAACCUCAUUGUCAGUGGUAUAAUCUGGCCAGUAGAGUGCAUCCCCUAUCCACUUCGGUACAUCAGCCUGGCCCUUCCCCAGACCUACGCCUCUGAAGCCCUCCGCUGCAUCAUGUACAGAGGCUGGGGUCUCUCCAAGAUGAUGGUGUGGCGAGGAUUUGCGGUCACCCUGGGCUGGAACACAUUCUUCCUCAUCCUGGCCACGGUUAUUCUCAAGCUGAGGACAUGAACCACCUACCCAGGGAACAUGCCUCGAAUGGGGAGAUUGGCCACGCGAGGCCCAGGCUCCACUGAGGGGCCUCCAGGUUUUCCUGGACUUUGUGUGUUUGUGUCAGGAGAUAUUGCUUUAACAGAAAGAUGACUGGAAAACCAGAAAUCCAAUGAAAGACACACACACACACACACACACGCAUCCUCUUAAUUUCUCCCUCCCUUACACACACACAGUCUCGCUGAAUAUGCCCUGACAUAAUGUUUCUUAACCCAGCGGUUUUACAUUCGAUCAUAUGCAGGAGAGCCUGAUUCACACAACAGGUCUGGUCCGAACUGAGUUUGUUACACGUCCAUUACAGUGGAACCUGGGAUGAAUUGUCUUGAUGGUGGUUGCGUGUGCCUUUUCUAUGUGACAGUAUCACAGCCAGCACAGUUUCUAUUUCUUUUUUACUUUUAUUUGACCAGGUUAGUCUUGUUAAGACCCUGUUUUCAAAUAUAAGCGCACAAACUUUUGCACAUUUACUGCAGAAAAUGCAAAGCACUAAAUUUGAGAACUAUAUUGUUUGGUGAGGUGCAAUGCACCAAGGGGUCGGGCGGGGUGAGGUUCAGGUGGGCCCUCCCCCCUCGUCGGGCGGGGUGAGGUUCAGGUGUGCCCCCCCCCCCCCCCCCCCAUCGUGCGUGGUAAGGUUCAGGUGUGACCCCCUCCCUCGUUGGGCGGGGUGAGGUUCAGGUGUGCCCUCAAGUGUGAAUCAGGCAUCACUGUAGCUGGUGACAAAAUCUACAAAAUUCUAGGAAUGCUGAUCUAGGGUCAGUCCUUCCUGUCCUAAAUGUACCUGUAUUUACUGUGAUGCUAACAGCUAAACUGAUCCAGGGCAUCAGUGUUCCUCUGAGGUAGAUAUGUCUGACUGUAUGUCAUGUAUGUAGGCUUGGGGAAACAACGCAGGUGAAAUUUCGUUAUCCAGAGAGAAGGAUUUUUUAAACAAGGUCGUGCUCACAGGACAGUAUUCAUUUUCACUGUUACCUUGUGUUCUGAACGUAGCAAUGCAUUGAUUGGGAGGUAUUUAUUUUUAGAAUUACUGUUGAUGUUGUACAAGUAACCUGUAUUUGUUUAAUGCAUUCACGAGAGGAAAAAUUAUUCUGUAUAUAUAUUUUAGUAGAAACUGGGGGGAAACAAAUAUUUUGAUCAACUCAAAUAUGAACCUAAAUCUUAGCCUCAAUACGUGUAAUUUGCGUUUGUCCGGGGGCCUUUGGGUCUGACUUCAUAAUGCUUUGCCUUAAUUGUGGCCAGGACUUUAAAUCCAGAUUCCUGCAUACAGACGUUUUGAGUUGUCUUGAGCUCUGCCCAGUGUAUGUGGCCGUAUGUCUAUCUGGGCUUCGUUGUGUCAUCGUGCUAUAGCAACUCCUGGUGGGCCCAAAGCCCCGGAGGAUACACGUCUCUAUCUUCAGUUCUCCCGAAACCUGCCGAGCAGAUGCGUGGAUGAGGCAAGGCCUUAAUCGCCAGUUGGACAUUACAAUAUUAGGUUUGGAGGUAAACAGUUAGAUAUUUCUUUCUUAAUAAACAAAACAUCUCGGAGUAGAAGACCUAGUCCAGGAUCAGUUUGUUGUUAAACAUCCUAAUGGACAAGACUAUACACCUGAUGGGAGUUUUCCUACACUGAGAAGGUUCAUAUAGACAGGCUCUUGUCUGUAUUCAUUCAUUCACUUUCAUCAGGCAGUGGUGCUCUUGUCUGUGUUGGCCGCCAGGUGCCCUGACCACCUAUUGAAUUGCUGCUGAAGUGGUCUUGCCACCCGGCUGUUGGUGGUCUGUAUUGCUGGUGUAUGUCUAUGUGCCUGUCUUUGUGCUUUGCUACCCCUUAUUUAAAGGGGUGUUUGAUUUAUUGUCCCCGACGGUGAUUACACGGGCCUACCCUCGUCAGAGUUGACUGCUCCGUCGGUGGCCAUGUUGCCUGAAAUGAUCGUCGGCUCCGGUUUGCUUUUGUCUCCUCAUCAGCCCACUUCUGCCGGACAGACUGGUUGGUGCUGGGUUAGUAACCUUGGGCAAAAACUGUUGCAAUGAGUAUCAGUUCUUUUAAAACAGCCCAGUGUGUCAAUGCGAGGACAUGGGUUCAAACAGUCCUCCUGUUCAUUCAUUGUGUUGUUUUAUAACUCCAUCCUUUACUCAUUUGCUGGUAUUAUUAUUUUAUUCCAUGCUAUUUCUUAUGUGUAUUGAAAGUGUCCAUUAAAAAUAAGAUAUUGGGAUCUCUUAAUUUCUUUGGGCGGGAUCAGUCAUUUGGUCCGUUCUGAUGGGAGCGCUCUUCUCAGCAUUUUAGAGUCUUUCCAUUGGGUUUGAGAAUGAUUGACAGCAACUUGUUGUAUUCCCAGGUGUUCUGAGGACUUUUAUCAGGUAUAUUGCUAGUGUCCAUCCUGUCGUGCCAUUGACCACUAUUACUAAAUGAGAAGUAUGUUUACAUGCAUUUAACCAAUAAAGUGCUGACGGCAGCUGAAAACGGCUUCAGCAGAACGAGCUGUAGUUCACUCUGUAUUUAAUUGUUUGUGUAUACUAUAAUUGAUCAGAUAGUACUGAUUUUCUCCGUGUUACAGUAUGAAGCUAAACCCUCGGUACCAGCAUGUGUGUUACUGAAUGAACUGAAACUGAUUGAUUAGUGUUUUCUACAGAAAUGUUAGUUUUAAAAAGUGAAGGUGCAAGUCGCAUUUAGCCAGUUGAUCCCCUACAUACUGCAGUCUUUCAGCAGAACCUUAAUUGGUUCCGGUCAGAGUUGCCACAUUCCCGGGUUGGAGCGUUCCCGGAAUCAAAAGGGAAUUAGCGGUAAAUCCAUCAAGGAUUUCUGAAAAACAUGGGAAUUUAUUAAAACUUCUGCAACCCUGGCCCUGGUGUAAAAUAGUGCAAUAUAUAUGGAUUAGGCUGCCAUUUGGGACUGAUUUGGGCCUUUCGUGUUAAUAUGGCAUAAUGUCUGAUUUGUAAUGUAGAGAAACUGUGCAUUUAUGUGUUGUACAAAUGUAAUUAAAUCAAGAUUAAACUGAGGAACUGGUCAUGAAUGUUGAUA